AACCCUCGCGGGUUCACAGUUCCGUAUUUGACUUUAUAUGCACAUGUAGAGUCUAUUAGUUAAACCCCAUUUGUCUUUGAAAUACAAAUAGCAACUAAAUAAAUACCAGAGAUCUGAGAGUUAAACUGCACAGCUUUGCAUCCUUCAGAGAAUAUCACUGAUGAUGGAUGGAUCUACAGCAAAAGGAGUUCUUCACCCGUACUGGCCACGAGACCUUUCAAUUCCCUCUUAUGUGGCCAAUAACCGAUCCAUGUCAGAGAUCCUGGCUUUUCUGUUUUCCGUGUCUGGUGUUUUUGUGCUCGUAACAUGGCUGAUCACAGGGAUGAAUGGCAGGCUGGGCAUGUGGAGACGCCUGGCUAUUUGCUGGUUCGCAGUUUGUGGUUUCAUCCAUGGAGUUAUUGAGGGCUGGUUCUCACUGUAUUAUGACAUUCUACCCGGAGACCAGAGCUUCCUGUCACAGCUUUGGAAAGAGUACUCCAAAGGAGACAGCAGAUAUGUAAUAGCGGAUAACUUCACUGUGUGUAUGGAGACCGUGACUGCUUGCUUAUGGGGUCCUUUCAGUUUCUGGGCUGUAUAUUCCUUUCUUACUAAUAAGCCCUACAGAUUUGUUCUGCAGCUCAUCAUUUCAUUGGGUCAGCUGUAUGGAGCAGUGCUUUACUUUUUCACCGAGCACAGAGAUGGUUAUGCCCACAGUGAGCUGGGACAUCCAAUAUACUUCUGGUUCUACUUUGUGUUCAUGAACGUGCUGUGGAUCGUCAUACCUCUGGUGCUCAUUGUGGAUUCCUGGAAAGAGCUGUCAGCAGCCCAAGAACACACAGACAACACGAAGACACAGAAAAUAAAGAGGAAGUGAGCAGCAACACCCUGAGCAGACAAGAUGGAGCAAAAGAAAUGUUUCAUGAGAGUUUUUUUUCUCAUAUUGUCCAUGUUCCUUGAAAUAUUUUUAUGAAUUUCAGUGUCAGAUGAUUCACAGAUGUGCAAUGAAUUUAUUUUUUAUUGUUUUGACAAUUCUGAGAAAAUGAAUGAAUAAUACCAACUUCAUGGUGUCGUUUAUUCUACAUAACAAAGUUAUAAGGUUUGUGGUUUGUAAACAUACAUAAA